UACUUCUUACCGGAACGGCGUGGUGUGGCUUGUCUGCUUUUCCUCGCUUUUUGUUUUGAUGAUUGUCUUUGCUUUCAUUUCGUUCGGCUUGUUAGGGAAACUGGUGUUUCUGCUUGGACUCUAUUGCUCUCUUUGUGGAAUUUUGGCCAGGCUGGGUUGGGUUUGGAUUGGGUUGGGUCGGUUGGUUGUGCGCAAUGUUUGUCCAGUCCUUUUUGGCUGAUGGUUUUUUGGCGCCGGGUGUGCCUUUGGAGUUUUUUUUUGUGAUUUUUGUUCACCUUGCUCGGCGGCCUAUGACCCUACUUUUUUUCUUCUUCUACUAUCUUCUAUCUUCUACCUUUUUUUCCUUCUUCUUUCUUCUUCUCUACCUUCUUUUCCUUUAUAAUUUUUCUACUUUCUUACUAAGUAUUAUGUAUUCCUUACGACGACCAUCUCAUAACCUUUAUUCCCUUCGGGGUUCCUUUUCUUUCUGUUUUGGCCCUCAAGCUCUGGAGAUGGGGCUGGGGCUGCCCGGGUACGGUAUCGAUGUUCUUCUUCAACCACUUACUUGCUUGCACUUCUUGUCCACACUUCUUGUCCAUUACUUCUUACCCGCCGCACUUAAAACUUACCUACUCAUUACGAUGCAGAUUUGUUGGGGUAAGUUUGUGGGAUUGUACAGUAUAUUACCUAUUACCUACCAGACUUGACCUGUGAAUGGGGAUCUUUUCGAAGCAGGCGGGCGGUCACUUGGAUGUGUGAAUGUAUUGGGAUGGGAUGGGAUGGGACGGAGAUGGAUGGCAAACACUCUGCUCCUCCUCCUCCAAUGAACGACUCUGCUCAGUGCCCAGUGCAAGGUGAAAGGUCAAAGGUGAAACCCAGAUCAGAAU